AUGCUAUUAAGCACAUUCAAUUUUUUCGACUACCAAGAAUCAUCGGCGUCCUGGACUUUGUCCUCCCACAGUGUAGGUCGUUAUCUUUUGAACCAGGAAUGGCCCGGUAGUGCCGCCUCGGAUAAACUUACUCUCGGUCACUUUGCAUGCAAGCAUUUCCCACAGAAAAAAUUCGUCGCUGCUAAUCAAUUUCCCGGUUGCUCGGCAGUUGGCAAUAGUCGUACCCUUCCGAUUAUUGUGCGAAGUAGGUACUAUCAGUGCAGUAUUUUAUUUUUCUCUCCAGUUGGCAUUCCGGUAAAAAACAUUCCUUAA